ACCCCUCCUCUCCCUCUCUGCCAUGUGGAGGGUUUCUUAUGUUUAUAGGGAACCCUGUCUUCUUUCUGCAUGCUACCAGUGAGAGCAAGAAAAGAAAAGUUUAUAUUUGCAUACACUCUAAUUGUUCCUCUUUGCCAGGCAAGGUAUCUUAGUAUUUUCUGUGCCAUGGAUCUAAUAAAAGAAUUAUAAUUUUGAUCCUGUGUGCAUCUUAGAAUCAUAGAGAUGGAAGGGGUCCCAAGGGUCACCUAGUCCAACACCCUGCAAUGCAAGAAUCCUUCCCACAGCCAUCCCUGGGUGGGCUCAAACCACCAAUCUUCUGGUUAACUCCUAGACACACUGAACCAUUGCACCACAUGAGUGUCCAAGUGCACCAGCUUCCCUCCUAUUUUAAACUGACCCUCAAUUUUCUUAGGCUGUCAGAAAUACACAAUGUACAAUCCUUGGGUAAAAAUGAAUGGUGUUCAGUGUAGUCUAAAGAUCUAUGCUGAUUGAUUGUUUCCUUCCUUCCCUUAAUUGCUUACAUCUCAUAAUUUUGUUCACUAAUAUUAUAUCCAUUAUUUUAUUUUUCCACAUCUUCCCUAUCAAGACCUCUGCUGCUAGCAGCAUGUGAGAGACCACACAAGACAGCCCUUCCUAACCACGCAGUUUGCAUAGCCCCAAACCAUUGUUACUAGAUUUAAAUGUAACUCAGAACUCCUAAUCUCCUUAAUACCUUGCUAAAUCCCCAGAAAUGCCUAACCAGACAACAAUCCCUCCGUAUAUAUGUUCAAAGGUGCACUUUGCACCCUUACCUCUCCAACACCAAUGUGCCUGUAAGCAUAGGAAAACUUCCACAGGGCUGGAAACACAUGCACACCUCAUGCACAAACACGGCCCAUUGCAAACAUUAAACUUAAGAAGCUGCGCAAUUUUUCCCCCACGAAAGGAAGCCAUAUUACAAACACAUCUACAAAGGCAAAAGGUAGGUUGUGAAAGAACUAAGCAACUGCUUCCUGCUGACUUCUCACUCCAAGCCCAGCCCGUCAGAGUGGCUUUUGGGUACUUUUGCACGUAACAUAUAGUUGGACUCUCAAAAGACUAAUUAAAAAUUCAAGGCAAUUUUAUAUAUUGUAAGAAGUUUACGGCUGCAUUUCUUUCCUGAGAGUAAGCCCACAGAACACAGUGGUCCUUGCUUCUGAGAAAACAUGUUUAGGACUGCACUGUGAAGUACUGUCGCUUUCCACUCAGUUGCAAAGGCUGCGGUUUCCUCUAAAGUAUUUCCUGCCUUUUCUAAGGCAGAUGAAUUCUUUACUACCUUCCUCAAUUCUAGCCUGCAUUCUCAUUCAAAGCAACGGAAGCCCGUGCCAAACACAAGGUUGCACGCUUGUGUUCCUGUGAAACAGAGGCAGUGGCAAAGGCAAGAUCUGCUGAUUUGGGGCAGGGGGAAGCAGAGCUUGACCAUUAAUUUUAUCAGUUGCUGUCUUGGAGCCAAAACUUUCUUUCUCCUCAGGAAAUUCAAGCAUUCAUUAAAGAUGGCUUCCAAGAGACUUGCAAGGAUGCUUGUUUUCACUAUGGCUUUGGUUUGUUUUCUCUGUUUAUAUGCCAAGCUGUGCACUUUCGAAAUCUGUAUAUUCUGUGAGACGAAGCACGAGUUCUUUCCCUUUAAGAGAGAUGGACGUUUUUUAAAGAGGCCUCAUAUGAAUUGCAGACGGAAUCCACCAUUCCUGGUCAUUCUUGUGACAUCAUCUCACAAACAAUCCAAAGCCCGGAUGGCUAUCCGUAAGACAUGGGGCAGAGAAAGAAAAAUAGACAACAAACGUAUUGUGACCUAUUUUCUCCUGGGAAGUACUCUCACUGAUGUUGACCAGCGUGCUAUUGAUGAUGAGAACAAAAAACACAGAGACAUUAUCCAGAAGGAUUUUCUAGAUUCCUACUACAAUUUAACAUUAAAGACUAUUAUGGGCCUUGAAUGGAUUCACAAAUUCUGCCCACAAACCAGCUUUGUGAUGAAAACAGACUCAGAUAUGUUUGUGAAUACCUACUAUCUCACUGAACUUCUUCUAAAGAAAAAUAAGAAGGUUAGCUUCUUCACUGGCUUUUUAAAAGAGAAUGAGCAUCCAAUACGAAAACUGAUAAGUAAGUGGUAUGUGAGUGAAGAAGAAUAUUCAGGAAACUUGUACCCUCCAUUUUGUUCAGGGACUGGUUAUGUUUUGUCUGCAGAUGUUGCUAGUAGUGUGUAUAAAAUUGCCAAAGAAGUUCCUUAUUUUAAACUAGAGGAUGUUUAUGUAGGCAUGUGCCUCGCUAAACUCGACAUCAAACUGGAAGAACUUCAUUCAGAACAAACAUUCUUCCCAGACGGGCUUGUAUUUUCUGCUUGUCGUUUUAGGAAAAUUGUGACAAGCCACUUUGUCAGACCUCAUGAGAAUCUUAUCUACUGGGAUGCACUGGAGAGGUCCUUGGAUGAAAAUUGUCAUCCAGGGACCUAUCCAGGUGGCUGAUAGGUUUCAACAGAGGCACAAAACUGCAUAGAACAUAAAUCCUGAAAUUUUUGCUUAGAUACUGACAUCAAACCUAUUUUAGAUAAGAAGAUGCUGACAUUGCUUUUUAAAACCCAAGCCUAUGCUUGUUUGCUUAGGAGUAAGUCUCAUUGUGUUCCAUAAUGCUUACUCUCAGGUAAACAGCUUGAAAAAACCCACUG